ACCCGAUGCGCAGUUUAUUUUUUUUAUCUUCACUGCGUCAAACAGACCCAGUUAUUGAACGUAUGUACAUACUCAAGACAUUUUUAAUAAUCAGUGUCCCAUUUUUUGAUCCCUUUGGCUAUUCACAUGACUUACGCCAAUAUAUAAGUAUUCCGAGACAAAAUAUAUUAAUACAUUAUCAACAAUGGAGACAUCAGUCUCAGUAUUCGUCUUUUGCAUCUUCAUUCAUUUUCUUCCGUAUGUCUCGGCCAAACCGCCACAUAUUCUUUUCAUCGUGGCAGACGACUAUGGUUGGAACGAUGUUGGAUUUCGCAACCCUAGUGUCCUCACCCCAAAUAUCGAUAAAUUGGCUCGCAGUGGGAUGAUCCUGAAUUCAUCUUACGUAAUGCCAGUCUGCACACCAUCAAGAAAUUCAUUUAUGACCGGUCAAUAUGCCUUUAAAUCAGGAUUACAGCAUAUUGUGAUCUUACCACAACAAGCCACUUGUGCCCCUCUUAACAAUACAUUUUUACCUCAGAAGUUGAAGGAACUUGGGUACGCAACUCAUGCGAUUGGAAAGUGGCAUUUGGGAUUUUGUAAGUGGGAGUGUACCCCUACGUAUCGAGGAUUUGACACAUUCUACGGAUAUUACAACGGCGCAGAGGACUACUACAAUCUCAGUAUCGCUGGAGGUAAAGACUUCAGAGACAAUAGAACACCUGUUAACGCAACAGGUGAAUACUCCACGAUUUUGUAUGCCAGGCGAGCAGAGUCCAUAAUUAAAGACCACGAUGCAUCUAAACCUAUGUACAUGUAUUUACCUUUCCAAUCAGUACACGAACCCCUUCAGGUCCCUCAGAAGUAUAGCGACAUGUACUCUAAGGUACAUACAGAAUCCCGCCGGACCUACCUAGGAAUGGUAACUGCAAUGGAUGAAGCUAUCGGCAACAUUACAAAAGCUCUAAAGACAAAGGGAAUGUUCGACGACACUCUCAUAGUAUUUACUGCCGAUAAUGGAGGUUGGAUUACAUACGCUGGGAAUAAUUACCCUUUAAGGGGUGGAAAGACCACUGUGUUUGAAGGAGGAACUAGAGCAACUGCUUUUGUUUCCGGGGCAGGGAUUCAAAAGUCAAACUAUGUUUAUCCAGGAAUGAUUCAUGCAGUAGAUUGGAUGCCAACAGUGCUAAGCGCCGCAGGAGGAACGCCAGACCCGACAUUGGAUGGCAUCGAUCAGUGGGAUAGUCUACGAACAGCAGGGGAAUCAAAACGAACCGAGUUUAUCUACAACAUCGACGAUUUAAGGCCGGAGAUCUGUGGUCAUGCUGCCAUUAGGAUUGGUGACUACAAGUUGAUCGAUGGUUAUCCUGGGGCCUACCAAGACUGGUACAAGCCAGACCAAGUCGUGUCUGACUUGUAUGAAAAUGUAUCUUUAAACGACACGCGUCCUUUUUUCGACAAAAUGAUGCUUUUUAAUCUUAAAGACGAUCCUAACGAACAUGUCGAUUUAUCCAAGAAGCACCCAGAUAUAGUUAAAAAACUGAAGUCGAGACUCGAUGUGGACUCGAAAUUAGAUGGUAUUGAUCAGUGGGAUAGUCUUCGAACAGCACGAGAAUCGAAAAGAAACGAGUUUAUCUACAACAUUGACGACUUUAGGCCAGAGAUUGGUGGCCAUGCAGCCAUAAGGAUAGGUGACUAUAAGUUGAUUGAUGGUUAUCCUGGGCUCCACCAAGGUUGGUACAAGCCAGAUCAUGUAGGCUAUGACCUGAACGAAGAUGUUUCGACAAACUGCAUGCGCCCUUUUUUCGACAAAAUGAUGCUCUUUAACUUGCAGGACGACCCUAAUGAACAUGUCGAUUUAUCCAGGAAGCACCCAGAUAUAGUGAAAAAAUUGAAGUCGAGACUCGAGUACUAUCAUAAUCAAAUUGUUCCUGCAAAUUUCCCUAAGAAUUCGGCAUCGUCAGCCCCAACCAGUUACGGAGGAUUUUGGUCUCCAGGAUGGUGUUAAUGUGUUGUAGACUAAAAAGGUCUUUAGUGUUGUUCUUUUGAAUAAUUUUAAUUGUUUUAAAAAUAUAAAGCUUAAACAGACAAUAAAAUUUUUUUGAUUGGGCAUAUACAUAAAUUUGUUAAUCAUAAAGUAAAAUGCAAUAUGUAUUUA